CGACGACGACCCAUCACCCACCAUGGCAAAUCAAAUACGAGAAGUGUGGGCGGAAAAUCUCGACGUCGAGAUGGCAAACAUCCGCGACGCCGUAGAACGGUAUCCCUACGUAGCCAUGGAUACCGAGUUUCCAGGCAUCGUGGCUCGACCCAUCGGCACAUUCAAAGGCUCAUCGGAUUAUCAUUAUCAAACACUGAGGUGCAAUGUCGACCUUCUCAAGCUCAUUCAGCUCGGCAUCACUUUAUGCGACGCUGAUGGCAACUUCCCACCAGACGUCUGUACAUGGCAGUUCAAUUUCCGCUUCUCAGUCGCAGACGACAUGUGCGCACCAGACUCGCUCGAACUUCUCAACAAGGCCGGCCUCGACUUUGAGCGACACGACAAGCUCGGCAUCGAUGUGGAAUACUUUGGAGAAGUCCUCAUCACAUCGGGACUUGCCCUCUUCCCAGAGGUCAAGUGGGUCUCCUUCCAUUCAGGCUACGACUUUGGCUACCUCGUCAAGGUCGUCUCUUGCGCGCCGCUACCUUCCACUGAGAGCGACUUCUUCUCAUUGCUGCGAGUCUGGUUCCCUACCAUCUACGAUAUCAAGUACCUCAUGCGCUCUUGCAAGACGCUUAAGGGAGGACUCCAAGACGUAGCAGAAGAGCUGGGUGUAGCGCGCAUAGGACAGCAGCAUCAGGCAGGAUCUGACUCGCUCCUCACAGCCGCGACCUUCUUCAAGCUCCGAUCACGCUUCUUUGAUGGUGUCAUCGACGACUCCAAGUUCGUCGGCGCCCUCUACGGCUUCUCGGCCAGCAGUAGACCGAAUGCCGUGGCAGGAGUGGGAUCAGGAGCGUCAGCAGCGGCAUUGACAGACAGCACCAUCAAUGGUGGCAGCGGCGCUGUCGUCACCAGAUGAUCCCUCUUUCUCCCACCUUCUUCUCUAGGCGAGCCCUCACCCCUUCAUACCCGCUUGCCAGGCUCGCUCAGCAUACACAGCAGCACAGUCAUGCGCGCCCUCAUCUACCAUAAGCGCACCCAGUCAAACGUCUACAAUUGUAUUUGUAUUUACCCCCCGCCCUCUCAGUCCUGUCUUUCCUCACCGCCUCUGACUACAAUGUUGGACUAGCGCGACGUCUCAUUGCGUUGUGCGAGUAGCCGCGAGUGCUUCGGCCCUGCCCCUGCGGUCAUAAAUCUCCAAUCGAGCUUGGCGAGCGUGCUCUGCGUCGCUCAGAGGUGGCCCAGACGUCGUCGGCUGUGCUUCAUCCGGCCCCCCUCGCGCUGACAGCGAUGCGCCUCGCUCGCCAUUGAACGUUGUCGUCGAUGU